CGAGCCGAGGCGGCCACCGCGCUCCCGCCCCUCCUGGCCAUCCCUCGCCGGCGGCUCCACGCUGCCCACCCCGCUUUUAAGAAGGGGGGAGGGGAGGGGGGUCGUGUCAGGAUGAAGGAGCCGCUGCUCGGGAGCAUGGCCAUGCCGGGCAAGUCCCUGCAGAAGGCUUGCCGGCUUCUCGUGGUCUUUUGCGCCCUGCACCUCCUCGUCACACUCCUCUACUACUUGUCCGGACGGGAUUUCGACGUCCUGCAGCUCUUCUCCAAGCACCAGCAGAGCCAGGAGGGGCGCAGCUCUGUGCCCGUGACCAUGACCGAGGUCGCCAGGGAGUCGCUGGCAGUCUCCGCGGCUACGGGAUUGGAAAAGCCAGCCGGGGACCAGGCGGCGGCGCCUCCCGAGGAGGCCACAGAGACUACGGAGACUGGGCCGCCUAGCAAAGUCCAGUUGCUGCCCAGCUGCCCAGACCCCUCACCUCUUCUGGGUAAGCGCCUCUCACCGCCUCGUCCCCUCCCCGCCUCGUCUUCCUCCUCCUCCUCCUUCUGGCCUCCCCCUGUUGCCUCUCCCUGGGCUUAG